CCGGGGCGCUCUCCCAGCGGCGGGCGGCAGCCUUUGCAGCAGCGCCGUGCUUUUCCCUCCCCCAUGUACCUUCUGGGGCUUUCCUCCCUUUUCCGUCUUCCUCCUUCCCGGGAAGUGAAUUGCUGAUGCGGAUCGGACCCGAUUCAUUAAUGAUGCAGCCGGAUUCGUUGCGGGAUUGUGUUGCACGAGUUGAAUUUUGAAUGAAGGAGAAGAGUUGUAUUUUGUUGUUUUCUUGUUCUUGUUGUUCUUUUUUUAAAGAAGUCCUGACUUUGGUUCGCUGUACUUUUAAUUAUUAUUUUAUUUAAAUAUACGACUUAAUUGUAUUAUUCUUUUUAAGAUGUAUUGAAGAUCUAUUUUAUGGUAACUUUUCCUCCCAAUACAUGCAUCUGUGAGGGAUCGAAGACGCUUCGGUGAAGGGGGCUUCCUGGCGUGUCGGGGUGUCAUUCAGCACCGGCCGUGCAUGACAGUCGUGUGCAGGACGAGGGGUUUAUUUUUAAAACCGCACCUUUCAAAAUUUAGGAUCAGAUACUCGUAGUGCAAACCGAAAUACUCAUUGAAGGAAGAAGCUUCGGACCCUGAAGGAAACAUGUCCGGGGAAGUGCGUUUGAGGCAGUUGGAGCAGUUCAUUUUGGACGGGCCCGCUCAGACCAAUGGGCAAUGCUUCAGUGUGGAGACGCUGCUGGAUAUACUCAUCUGUCUUUAUGAUGAAUGCAAUAAUUCUCCGCUGCGAAGAGAGAAGAACAUUCUUGAAUACCUGGAAUGGGCCAAACCAUUUACUUCUAAAGUAAAACAGAUGCGUCUACAUAGAGAAGACUUUGAGAUAUUGAAGGUGAUAGGUCGAGGAGCUUUCGGAGAGGUUGCUGUAGUGAAACUAAAAAAUGCAGAUAAGGUAUUUGCCAUGAAAAUAUUGAACAAAUGGGAAAUGCUGAAAAGAGCUGAGACAGCCUGUUUUCGUGAAGAAAGGGAUGUAUUAGUGAAUGGAGAUAAUAAAUGGAUUACAACUCUGCAUUAUGCUUUCCAGGAUGACAAUAACUUAUACCUGGUCAUGGAUUAUUACGUUGGUGGGGAUUUGCUUACUCUGCUUAGCAAAUUUGAAGAUAGAUUACCUGAAGAUAUGGCUCGAUUUUACUUGGCUGAGAUGGUGAUAGCAAUUGAUUCCGUUCAUCAGCUGCACUAUGUGCACAGGGACAUCAAACCUGACAAUAUAUUGAUGGAUAUGAAUGGACAUAUUCGAUUAGCAGAUUUUGGUUCUUGUCUGAAGCUGAUGGAAGAUGGAACGGUCCAGUCCUCGGUGGCUGUUGGAACUCCAGAUUAUAUCUCUCCUGAAAUCCUUCAAGCCAUGGAAGAUGGGAAAGGGAGAUAUGGGCCUGAAUGUGACUGGUGGUCUCUGGGGGUCUGUAUGUACGAAAUGCUUUAUGGAGAAACACCAUUUUAUGCAGAAUCACUGGUGGAGACAUAUGGAAAAAUCAUGAAUCAUAAAGAGAGGUUUCAGUUUCCCGCUCAAGUGACUGAUGUGUCUGAAAAUGCUAAGGAUCUUAUUCGAAGGCUCAUUUGCAGCAGAGAACACCGACUUGGUCAAAAUGGAAUAGAGGACUUUAAGAAACACCCAUUUUUCAAUGGAAUUGAUUGGGAUAAUAUUCGAAACUGUGAAGCACCUUAUAUUCCAGAAGUUAGUAGCCCAACAGAUACUUCGAAUUUUGAUGUGGAUGAUGAUUGUUUAAAGAAUUCUGAAACGAUGCCCCCACCCACACAUACUGCAUUUUCUGGCCACCACCUGCCAUUUGUUGGUUUCACAUAUACUAGUAGCUGUGUUCUUUCCGAUCGGAGCUGUUUACGGGUCACAGCGGGUCCCGCGUCCCUGGACCUUGAUGUCAGUGUCCAGAGGACUCUCGACAACAACCUGGCGACCGAGGCGUAUGAGAGGAGAAUCAAGCGCCUCGAGCAGGAAAAGCUUGAGCUGAGUAGAAAGCUUCAAGAGUCAACACAGACUGUUCAGGCUCUACAGUAUUCAACUGUUGACGGUCCACUGACAGCAAGCAAAGAUUUAGAAAUAAAAACCUUAAAAGAAGAAAUUGAAAAACUAAGGAAACAAGUAAGAGAAUCAAGUCACUUAGAACAACAACUUGAGGAAGCCAACUCUGUAAGAAGAGAGCUCGAUGAUGCUUUUCGACAAAUCAAGGCUUAUGAAAAACAAAUCAAAACACUACAGCAAGAAAGGGAAGAAUUAAACAAGGAACUAGUCCAGGCUAGUGAGCGAUUAAAAAACCAGUCCAAAGAGCUGAAAGACGCACACUGUCAGAGGAAACUGGCCAUGCAGGAAUUCAUGGAGAUCAAUGAGCGGCUAACAGAAUUGCACACCCAAAAACAGAAACUUGCUCGCCACGUCCGAGAUAAGGAAGAAGAGGUAGACCUGGUGAUGCAAAAAGUUGAAAGCUUAAGGCAAGAACUGCGCAGAACAGAGAGAGCCAAAAAAGAGCUGGAAGUUCACACAGAAGCCGUGGCUGCUGAAGCGUCUAAAGACAGGAAACUGCGUGAACAGAGUGAGCACUAUUCUAAGCAGCUGGAAAAUGAAUUGGAGGGACUAAAGCAAAAACAGAUUAGUUACUCACCAGGACUGUGCAGCAUAGAACAUCAGCAAGAGAUAACCAAACUAAAGACUGAUUUAGAAAAGAAAAGUAUCUUUUAUGAAGAAGAAUUGUCUAAAAGAGAAGGAAUACAUGCAAAUGAAAUUAAAAAUCUGAAGAAAGAACUUCAUGAUUCAGAAGGCCAGCAACUUGCUCUCAACAAGGAAAUUAUGAUUUUGAAAGACAAAUUGGAAAAAAACAGGAGAGAGAGUCAAAGUGAAAGGGAAGAAUUUGAAAAUGAGUUCAAACAGCAGUAUGAGCGAGAAAAAGUAUUAUUAACUGAAGAAAAUAAAAAACUGACAAGUGAACUUGAUAAGCUCACCACUUUGUAUGAGAACUUAAGUAUACGCAACCAGCAUUUAGAAGAAGAGGUAAAAGACCUAGCAGACAAGAAAGAAUCAGUUGCACAUUGGGAAGCCCAAAUCACAGAAAUAAUUCAGUGGGUCAGUGAUGAAAAGGAUGCACGAGGGUAUCUCCAGGCCUUAGCUUCUAAAAUGACUGAAGAGUUGGAAGCUUUGAGAAAUUCCAGCCUGGGUGCACGAGCAACAGAUAUGCCCUGGAAAAUGCGUCGUUUUGCAAAACUGGAUAUGUCAGCUAGACUGGAGUUGCAGUCAGCUCUGGAUGCAGAAAUAAGAGCUAAACAGGCCAUCCAAGAAGAGCUCAAUAAAGUGAAAGCAGCUAACAUCAUCACAGAAUGUAAACUAAAAGAUUCAGAGAAGAAGAACUUGGAGCUACUCUCAGAAAUCGAGCAACUGAUAAAGGACACUGAAGAGCUUAGAUCUGAAAAGGGUAUAGAGCACCAAGACUCACAGCAUUCUUUCUUGGCAUUUUUGAAUACGCCUACCGAUGCUCUGGAUCAAUUUGAAACCGAUCCCGUUGAGAACACACAUGUACGGAAUCCGAACGUCAAGGUUAACAUCCAGUCAAGGUCCACAUCUCCUUCCACAUCUAGUGAAGCUGAGCCAGUUAAGAUUGUAGACAGUACUCCUCUUCCAGUUCACACACCAACCUUAAGGAAAAAGGGAUGUCCUGGUUCAACUGGCUUUCCAGCUAAGCGCAAGACCCAUCAGUUUUUUGUCAAAUCUUUCACUACCCCUACCAGAUGUCACCAGUGCACCUCUCUGAUGGUGGGUUUGAUAAGACAAGGCUGUUCCUGUGAAGUGUGUGGAUUUUCAUGUCAUAUAACUUGCGUAAACAAAGCUCCAGCUGCGUGUCCAGUCCCGCCUGAGCAGACGAAAGGUCCUCUGGGGAUAGACCCGCAGAAGGGGAUAGGAACAGCCUAUGAAGGUCAUGUCAGGAUCCCAAAGCCAGCGGGAGUGAAGAAAGGAUGGCAGAGAGCAUUGGCUGUGGUUUGUGACUUUAAACUCUUCCUGUACGAUGUUGCUGAAGGAAAAGCAUCUCAGCCCAGUGUUGUGGUCAGUCAGGUGAUUGACAUGAGGGAUGAAGAAUUCUCUGUGAGUUCAGUCUUGGCUUCUGAUGUGAUUCAUGCAAGUCGAAAAGACAUACCCUGUAUAUUCAGAGUCACGGCUUCCCAGCUCUCGGCGUCUGACAGCAGGUGUUCGGUCCUGAUGCUCGCGGAGAGCGAGAGCGAGAGGAACAAGUGGGUGGGCGUGCUCAGCGAGCUGCACAAGAUUUUGAAGAAAAGCAAAUUCAGAGACCGCUCAGUCUAUGUUCCCAAGGAGGCUUAUGACAGCACUCUGCCCCUCAUUAAAACAACCCAGGCAGCUGCUAUCAUAGAUCAUGAAAGGAUAGCACUGGGCAACGAAGAAGGCUUGUUUGUUGUUCAUGUCACCAAAGAUGAAAUUAUUAGAGUUGGUGACAAUAAGAAGAUACAUCAGAUUGAACUCAUUCCAAAUGACCAGCUUGUUGCCGUGAUCUCAGGACGAAAUCGCCACGUGCGACUUUUUCCCAUGUCGGCUUUGGACGGACGAGAGACUGAUUUUUAUAAGCUGGCAGAAACUAAAGGGUGUCAGUCCAUAACUUCUGGCAAAGUGUGCCAUGGAUCUCUCACAUGCCUGUGUGUGGCUAUGAAAAGGCAGGUCCUCUGUUACGAACUAUUUCAGAGCAAGACCCGUCACAGAAAAUUUAAGGAAAUCCAAGUCCCAUAUAAUGUGCAAUGGAUGGCAAUCUUCAGCGAGCAGCUCUGCGUGGGAUUCCAGUCGGGAUUCCUCAGAUACCCCUUGAGCGGGGAGGGAAGUCCGUACAGUAUGCUCCAUUCAAACGACCACACGCUGUCCUUUAUUGCACACCAGCCGAUGGAUGCCAUGUGCGCAGUUGAGAUCUCCAGUAAAGAGUAUCUGCUGUGUUUUAACAGCAUCGGGGUCUACACCGACUGCCAGGGCCGGAGGUCGAGACAGCAGGAACUGAUGUGGCCGGCGAAUCCUUCCUCUUGUUGUUACAACGCACCGUAUCUCUCAGUGUAUAGUGAAAACGCGAUUGAUAUCUUCGACGUGAACUCCAUGGAAUGGAUUCAGACUCUCCCACUCAAAAAGGUUCGACCCUUAAACAGUGAAGGAUCAUUAAACCUUUUGGGGUUGGAGACAAUUAGAUUAAUAUAUUUCAAAAAUAAGAUGGCAGAAGGGGAUGAGCUGGUGGUUCCUGAAACGUCGGACAACAGUCGGAAGCAGAUGGUUAGAAACAUCAACAACAAGCGGCGCUUCUCCUUCAGGGUCCCGGAGGAGGAGAGGGCUCAGCAGAGGAGAGAGAUGCUGCGGGAUCCAGAAAUGAGAAAUAAAUUAAUUUCUAACCCAACUAAUUUUAACCACAUAGCACACAUGGGCCCAGGAGAUGGAAUACAGAUCCUAAAAGACCUGCCUAUGCCAGGCUUCCCUCAUCCAUCCCCUCAUCAUCACUCCGGCCUGAUCUCCUCUCCGAUCAACUUUGAGCACAUCUAUCACAUGACUGUUAAUUCUGCUGAAAAAUUUCUCUCUCCUGAUUCCAUAAACCCCGAGUAUUCCCCGUCUCUGCGCUCUGUCCCCGGUACACCAAGCUUUAUGACUCUGAGGAACCCUCGGCCUCAGGAAAGUCGGACGGUGUUCAGCGGCUCAGUCAGUAUUCCAUCCAUCACCAAAUCCCGCCCUGAGCCCGGCCGCUCCAUGAGCGCCAGCAGCGGCCUGUCAGCGAGGUCGUCUGCACAGAACGGCAGUGCAUUAAAGAGAGAAUUCUCCGGGGGAAGCUACAACACAAAGUGGCAGCCCAUGGCCUCCCCGUCGGAGGGCUCCUUGUCCUCCGGAGGCAUGGACCAGGGAAGUGACGCCCCAGCCAGGGACUUCGAUGGAGAGGACUCGGAUUCCCCGAGGCACUCCACAGCUUCCAACAGCUCCAACCUGAGCAGCCCGCCCAGCCCGGUGUCGCCCCGGAAGACCAAGAGCCUCUCCUUGGAGAGCACCGACCGCGGGAGCUGGGACCCGUGAGCGGCUCCGGCGCUCGCAGCGGACGCCAGAGCGGCUUCUCCCUCUCGGCCCCUCCACUGCCGUCUCCGCGUCCGUCCCCCGCCCCUGCCGGGAAGGCUCAGGGCCCGUGGCAGGAGCAGGGUGGGGGCUCGGGGACGCGGACGAUCGCACUUGCAGCCCCCCGCCCCUGCGCCCCCUCGACUUAACAGCAGCAGCCAUCAAGGCAGACUUCCAUGAGCGGCUUCACUGAAUAUCGAUUCCAUUUCACACACUUAGAGUUGCUUCCCACCAUCGUGUCCCCCUCCCCGAAGGUAGCUCGAGUAGACAGACCUCGCAGACGUGCGCGGGAAGAACGUCAGGCGGACUGGUUUGCACGGCAGAGCCUCCGCGCGGGGGCAGCGCCGGGUCCCCCAGCCGCCCCCGCCCUCCUCCUGCGCCCACAGCCAAUGUCGACCUGAUCGUUGCCAGUAAAUCCUUAUUCACUAAAACAGUGCGUAUUUUACUACAAUACAGAGUUUAAAUAAGUACACAAAUGUAGAGGUUAAAUACUGAAUGUAUAUAGUAAAAAGCAUCUUGUAUUCAGCAAAAGAUGGAUUCCUAUAUAAGAGAGAGAUCAUUUAAUUUAAAGAAAUGUGUUGUUUCUCGUCUGUUUUCCAGCUAAAUAAUUUAAAGGGUAGGAAGGCCUCAAGCUGACAUUCUAGACCUUGGUAGAAGCAGAGCGAGAAGGGUCAGAGUUCCCUCUCUGGUCACGGCCGCGGUCCCCGGAAGAGCUGCAGGAAAACAUUCCGAAACUCUGUCUGGCCGCUCUGGGCUGUGGCCCGAGCACCUGACCAAACCCUGGACGCCCCUUCAGUGACAGCGUCAACAGGCAAAUUUACUUCCAGGUCUUUCACUAGUGGUAGGAUUCAAACCACACUCCACAGCUUUUAUUGUAUUUUGGUAUUUUCUGCAGAUGAAUGUAGAAAUGUGGUCUCGUCACCUCCUGAGCCCUUCCACUGAAAGCACGCAAGGGAUGUUGUGGCUUCUGAAGGUCCCUAAAAAGGUUCCUAGACGUGCGUUCCACCUGGGCUAACUCCGUUCUUCCCUGCGUUGCCAGGACACGUCCUUGGCCGGGCCCCCUCAGAGAAGCCCGAGAGUUUAAUUACCAAAUAAUAGAAAACCUCAAAUGCAAGGACUUGAACAGCCUUAACCAAAUACUCUUUCCCGCCCCUGGUGGAAACAAGUGUGCGGCCCGCCAGGCAGGGGGCCUGGCGGCGCUCCUGCUGUUCCUGCCGCUGCUGGGAAGCGUGUGCACAACCCGGAGGGCUGGAGUCCUUCACAGUUAGUUCCCCAGUUAAGCACAUGAGCAGUGAAAGAGAAAUAAAAAUAUCUCGUGGAAGUCAAGAGAAUCUGGCUCUCUUCCGUUCUAUCUAAAUUUCCCUGAGCUCUAGCAACGAGAGUUCCUCCUUUCUCUCAGCUUCGGUGAGUGUGGAGCCUUAGUCGCAGUGUCCGAGCGCCGUGUCCCCUGGGGUGCCCGCUUCUCAGCGGAGCUGGGACCGUGUCCGGUUGCUGCUGCUCUGAGAAGGCGCCCGAGGCUCUGUGAGGGGAGAGACGACCCACGGGGGCCGCCUGCUGGUCCUCUCUCCAUCUUUCUGCUUCGGGGAAAGAGGUGCCGUGUGAGAUGCUCUUGUACGUCCGGAUGCCCAGGAUCAGACCUUGAGUUUGGUCCCUGCCCUGUGGCCCGGCAGGCCUGUCCGCAAGUUUGGCACUUCCUCCCGAGGGGAGGGAAGCCACCACCAGCGGCCGCUGCCUGUCCUCCCGACCUCCCCGGCCCCUUGCCUCUCCCCUCCCUGGCUCCCCAGCCGUGAGUCACGGGACUCCACACUAAGCCAUUCAUUGUAGCUUCGACAACUGCGUGUGAAUUUGUGUUGCCUGUAGGUGCUUCUCUUUUAAAGAUGCUUUUAGGAUCUGAGUGUCACCCUACCUGAGGUCCGGCAGCACUGCGGGGGUCACGGCAGCGAGAGGGCCCCCGAAGGUGGGGGUGACGCGGUCGCUGCCCGCCCCCCAGCACUUUGUGCUCGGUGCCCAGCAGUCUGGAGUCGCGUAGAGCACACCCGGACAGGACCGACCCUGACGGCAGGAGUGUGGGGGAGAAACGCUGCCUCAGGGAACAGUUGGGGCGGGGGGGCAGCUCUUCUUAAGAUAACAAUCCUUCUCCUGGGCUUACCCCCUCAGAUACGAAGCUGUUACCUGCAGAAGUUCCUGAGAAGAAUGAUCUGAAAAGGCAGGGAAUGGGUUCUAGGGAAACAGAAAACCUACUGAUGGUUCAGAGGGAUCAGGAGCAAAGGUCAGGGAGGAGGGAAUGCUGCCCGAAGUCUUGGCUCUCUUCUCUUGCAGGACCUCUUAAAAUCACGUCUGGCAGCAGGCACGCAUUUCACAGUAGGAAGGACAGCUCAGUGUGAGGCAUUUCUGGAAUAGUCUGUAUGUAUUGGUAUUUUGGUGCUAUCUAUGUCCAGCCAAUUUGUUGUCUACCCUUGAAUUCUAAUUUAAUCUUGUGUGCUCUGGGUAUAUAAAAAUUAUAUGCAUAUACAUAUAUAUAUAGUUCUUUUUGCCAAAAACAAAGCCUUCCUCCUCGUCAAAUGCUCACUAAAGCAGAUUUCACUUUUGUAGUUGUGGGCACACGCACGCACCCCUACGUCAGCGAUGCACACUCGUCUCCGGGAGCACAGUUGGAAGGUUCGGGGAUGGAGCUGGAAGGGCCCAUCUGUUCAGUUUCCCAUGCGGUUCUCGCACCCAGGCUUCUGGGAAGAAUCUGAACUUGCUGUUAUGUUUGCAGCAACAGUUUGUCAUUCCUGGCUGGCUCCCAGCCUCUCUCUGCCUUCCGUAUGGUUAGAGUCCUGUCAUUCCGUUACCUAGUGGCCACAUCGACUUGCAUUUCUGUGGACUCUCGGGUCUCCUCCAGAAGAACCGGAGAGGCUGCGGCCUCCCAGCCAAGCGGGCCGUGCAAGCCCUCCUCCCGGUGUCUGGACGGAGGGGCGCACCCCGCAGCGGUCAGACAGGGGUAGUGGGGCCCGCCACUCCCCCAGCUCUCUGGCCCAGCCCCUGAGUUAGUAGGUAAGCUGCAUGACCGUUCGUUGCACUCGUUAGCCCUCUUUCCUUGUUCUGACUUUAAUUAUCACUCAAGUCCAGAUUCUCUGCAGAGUCGGCUGGGUAAGAGGGCUGGGCUUCCUCUGGAGCCUUCAGCCACCCAGCACUGGCCACUAGGCCAAGCCUGCCCCAUUCCCAGGGAGUGCUACACACGAGGGGCCGUGUCACUUACGGGGGCGACUGGCAAGAACAAACCUGGAAACUUCAUGAAAACAAAAUGACCUGCCUUUUUGUUUGAUAGUGGAAUAUCAUUUAUUUUAUAAAUUUUUUAGGGUUUUUUCUCAUUGUAAUAUUGUACAGUUUUGCAUGGCCUAGGUGUAAUCAUUUUUUUGUUUAGAAUAUAAUGCUGACAAAUGUGUGUACGGAAGGGAAAAAGAUACUGCUUUGGCCUGUUUCCUUUUGUUUCGUUUUUAUGCCCUCGAUGUCUUAGGGAGGUUUCUAAGCGAUUCUCUGCUACCAGACAACGGUGUGGAUUCUUUUGCACAGAAAUAUUUAAGGUGGGAUAGUAAAAAAUGUAACAAGACUCCUUGCCAAUAUUUUAUGUUGGUAUCACUUAAUAUUAACCAGAAUUUGAUGUAUUGCAAUAAAACAGGGAGCUGUUAGACCUGA